GAGUAAGACAAAAGAACGUGUUUGUUUUCAGGCUCGAGCUACAGAGCUCACGUGACUAAGCGAAAAGCUUAUUAUUGGUAGAUAUGAUAACCUGACACAGAGAAUGGUACACUGGGUCUCAUGGAAUAGAGUGCCUUAGCUUCACAUCUACCUUCACAUCCAGCUUCACAUCCAGCGUCAGAUAACGGAGUGCUGAUAAGGAUGAAGGGACAUUACUCACUUCUUUAUGACUCAUGUUUCAAGAUGUUGUUGCUAGUUUUAUUAACCGUCGUACUCACGGUAAAGCCCAGCCAUGCUGAUUCGGACACAGGAACUUGGAGCAAGAACGCUGGUAAAUAUCUGAGCGGCUACAGCGCAGGAACCGCCAAAUACGACAGUCUUCUGGAGGCUCAGAGCGAAUGUCUCAAACGAUCCGAUUGUGGAGGUAUCACAUACGAGACCAUAUCCAAAAAGUUCACUCUUCGAAGAGGAGUCAACCUCAAGGACAGUCCCUCCAGUGAAAUCUCCUGGAUGGCUAUCUCAAGUGAUGAUGAAGGUACUCUGACACUGGGACGUCACUACACAUCCCGGCAAUCAGGAGAUGCCACUUUGGCAAUUGCUGGUGCUACAGAGGAUCUAGCACAGAGAGGAUUCGACAACACUGUAUCUCGGUAUAAAAUCGACGGAAACGAAGUAUGGGAGUUCUAUGAUGAACCUAACUUUGAGGGUCUUCUGUUUACUGCUAAAGGGCCUAUUGAUUGGACUUGGGUUGAUAGCAGAUACAAUGAUAUGGUCUCAUCUGUUAGACAAGUCAGCGCUCUUGAUUUGGAAUCAGUUCUAAUUGAGACUACUGCGACCUCCCAGACACCAGCACUCCAGACUUUUGACCACACUUCUGACCCCACUUCUGACCCCACUGAGGUCCCUCUCACAAGUGGCCACAUAUUUAACGCCCAAAAGAAUAUUGAUUACGAACUGAACAAGCCAUUAGAAGUUGGAGACACUGUUAGAGCUUGGGGCGUCUACAAAGAUCACACCACAUCCAAAUUCAGUGUGAACAUCAUGGGACCAAACUCAGUGUACCUUCUUCAUGUUGACUUUAGACCUUUUAACAAUGUGGUAGUUCUGAACAACUAUGUGGAGGGAUGGAAAACUGAGGUCAGGCCGGGGUUUAGCAAGUACAACUUUGCUGCAGAGAAGAUGUUUGAAGUAAGGAUUGAAGUACACGAGGAAGGGUAUAGGAUCUUUUUCAACGGGAAUGAGUUGAGCAGUAGGUUCCCUCACCGAGUAGAUCCCAGCACUGCCACGCUAGUUACACUACACGGAGGGAGUAACGGAUUCAAAUGGACGGCUCUGAGACUUCCAUCUCCACAGCUACCAGGACAAGGUGUUCCUUACGCUACGUUCACUGGAGACAGGAACUAUCUUGAUACACCCCUGGUGAUAGGAGAUACCAUUACUGCAUGGGGUAUUUAUGCAACUGGUUCCUCUAAAUUCAAUGUAAACUUAAUGAUGGAAAACGGACAGGAUUUCAUGAUUCAUGUUGAUUUCAGACCACCUCCCAGUGAAAACAAAGUUGUGCUAAACUCAAGGACACAAAGCGGGUGGCAAACUGAGUUAAGGACUUCACUGCCUGCCUUUGAAAACGGGAAAGCAUUUAAAGUUGAUAUCAAAUGUUUGGAUGGAGAAUUUGAGAUCUAUCAUUGUGGCAAUGUACUUGGAUCAAGGUUCCCUUAUCGAGACGGCUUUGCUCUCGAAGAAGUCGAGUUCAUCUGGUUACUUGGAGGAAAUCAAGGCAUGGUUUGGACGGAUUUGGCUGUGACUCAACCAAGAAUUGCUAAAGAUACAGAACUAAAGAUGGUGGCUGCAACUCAGAGCAGCAUCGGCUGGAAUGGAGUUCCAACAAGAGCCAUUGAUGGAUAUACUGAUGGAAACUUCUGGGCUCGCUCCUGCAUGCACUCUGAAGGGUUUAAAAACAACUGGUGGAUGGCAACUCUGGCUGAGAAUUCCGCUGUUAGCAAAGUUGUUAUCCACAACAGGGUGGAUUGUUGUUCCGAGAGGAUUAAUGGAGCUAAGAUUUACGUGGGCGAAGUGUUUUGUGGAGAGGUUCAUUACAAAGCCGGUGUGGUUAUAUACGAGGUGCAAUGUGGUGGAACAGUGGGAGGAAGUGUUAAGAUAGUACAGAAUGACCAGUAUCUGACGUUAUGUGAGGUGCAGGUAUUUGGAGCACCUUCUCAACACAUCCCCCUCACUAACAUUGCUACAGGAUCUCCGUCCUGGCAGAGUAGUGAAGGAUGGUCUGGUGAAGCUAGCAGAGGUACAGAUGGACGCACCAACGGGGACUACUGGGACGGAUCCUGCACCCACAGCGCGUCAACCUCCUCUAACAAGUGGACCGUUACUCUCACUGCCGAGUACAGGGUUAACAGGGUCGUUAUUCACAACAGGGUGGAUUGCUGUGCUGACAGGAUUCAGGGUGUACAGGUAUUUGUGGACAAUCGUCUUUGUGGAACAGUUGACUACGUGGCUGGGAAGAACGUGUUUGUGGUGGAUUGUGCUGAUCUGAUAGGCAGUGAGGUCAGGGUAACUCAGGACCAAAACUAUUUGACCCUUUGUGAGGUAGAGGUUUUAGGCGCUGCCACGAGCCAGGUGAUAACAAGUGCUAGUUCAGAGCCAGGAGUGGUGACGAGGAGGAUAACAUCAGGGGAGGGCACACCCACCCAGUCUACUACCUCUCCAACUGAAGAAGUUACUGAAGUAAUCGAAACUACACUUACAGUAGAAAUUACCAGCAAGCCAACCGACGAAUUAACUGAUAGUUCUACUGAAGAAGUUACUGAAGCAGUUACUGAAGAAGUUACUGAAGAAGUUACUGAAGAAGUUACUGAAGAAGUUACUGAAGAAGUUACUGAAGAAGUUACUGAAGAAGUUACUGAAGAAGUUACUGAAGAAGUUACUGAAGAAGUUACUGAAGAAGUUACUGAAGAAGUUACUGAUGAAGUUACUAAUGAAGUUACUGAAGAAGUAACUAGCGCGAGCAUGACAACAGUGCGUGAUAUAACAGAAGAUUACACAAUAGUGGGACCCACUGAUUCACUGUUGUGCAAGGAAGACGAGUUUAUUUGCCCAGAGAGGUGCAUAUCUACAUCCUGGAGAUGUGAUGGAGAUAUAGACUGUCUCAAUGGAGAAGAUGAGGAAAAUUGUGGAAAUAGUUGUAAAGAAAACCAAUGCAGAGUUUCAUCAGAAGACCCUUUUUUGGAAAUGGGUCAAAAGUUGAUAGCAAAGAAUAAAGAAACUACUUUGGUUGUGGAGAAAACUGGAAGAUUUGUUCUCUACUGCGAAAACAAAAAAUUGAUUUGGGAGUCCGGUACCGGAGGAGCAUCCGUAGUGUCCGGUCUGAUCAUCCAGGCUAAUGGUAAUAUGGUGCUAUAUGACGACGAUAACGAAGUAUUGUGGGAAAGUGGUUCAGGUUCUGCUAACACACAGUCCAGUUACCACACACUGGUAGUAGAGGAUGAUAACACUCUCGUCCUCUUCAACUCCUGGGGGGUGUCUAUAUGGGAGACUGAUACUGCGGGCCUAUGUGACGAGACUAAGUUCAUGUGAAGAUUUCGGUGAUAAAUAUCAAGAACCUUCCAGAAAUACCACCACUUACUACCACUACCACUACCAUGAGUACUAUCAACAUUAACGGCUUCCAAUCUAAAACCAAAUGAUUCCGAUAAACGAUCAUAAAUAUGUCUUUGUAAAAAAUAUAUGUGUAAUUUUCAUUGUCAGUAUUUGGUUUUAAUAGAAACGAUAUUUUGUAUUGCAUUCAAGCUUUUUUCUAGAAAAAUCUAAAUAUUUUAAUUUUUUAUUAAUUUGUUAUUAACUAUUGGUUUUUGUUGCUAUAUAGUCAAUGACUUGGCAAGUUGAUUCA